CUCUUGCAAUUCACUCACUUACCUACAGCCUCAACUUUACCAACACAACACAGCUGAGCGCCGUGUUUACAACUACAAUGGACCCGAAUCUAGAGCUCUGUAGGAGCUUAAUGCAUCUUAACUCAACCGAGCACCGUCAACGCCUCCAACAUCUUCCCGCAGAAGAAUAUGCCAGGGUCAAGGUAAUCGCCGAAAGAGAACAGGAGGCCCAGAGGUUGGAGGAACUCAUUGCAGGCCGGGACCUCGUCCAAGUGGCCUUGACUGAUCCCUCCGAAAUUAUAGCGUAUGAACCGCUGAAAUAUGCCCUCCUUGGCCGAACCACCUACGACCGUGACGAGCAUUUAAUGGUCGAAUGUAUCACCAACGAUGUCGCAAGAGCGAGUUUCACCUUAGUUCAUUCUAUUGCAAAUUUUGAUGAAAGUCCUCGGCCUUUACGCUUAGAUGCCUGGAAGCUAGUCUAUUGCGACAUAUGUUAUGUCGAUGGGGGUAGUGCUACACUACAGGAGAUCUACGAAGAACGCCUUCGAGAAGAACAGCUCCAAACCCCUGCCGCCCGUGCCAGAGAGCUUGUGCGGGAUGAUGAACUCAGGAAAGCUCGGAGGAACGCUGAAUGGAUGAUUCCGGCUAUUGAACGUUUUUCAGAUGAGGCACAAGCACAGGUGGAUCAGGAAUACAGGCAAUCCAUGGAACCCUUCUUGCAACUUUGCCAAGACGAACGAACGAGGCAAAUCAUCUUGGCACCGCAGGGAUACGAGAAGACCCUGGAACGAAUCUGGAAGCGCGUAUCGCCGGCGCCGCCAGCCUGGAUACAAAAGAUCCUCAAGGCUAAAGAAGAAUUUGGUUUUAUCUACUACAUGUCCAGAAAAGUCCAACAGAAGCAUGGAAAUAACUGGCACUCAGUCUGGAGUGGUAUUAACAAUCUCUCUCUGCCAAACAGAGUAACCUGGGACAGUAUCCAUUGCCAGGGCUAUAGCAACAGGUUUACUUUGCGUGGACUGGAAACUGAGAAGUGGCCUACGUUUUAUCCCAACGAGAGUAUGGCAGAAGAUGACGACUUGCGAAAAUACUUCAGAGAAUACAGAGAAGAGAAUUAUGAUCUUUUGACUGCUGGAAUUCUAUGGAAUACUUUUAUCGUCAUUCCUAUUGAAUUGACUUCCGAGGAAAAUCUCCAGCGUACAGAAGCUAGUGGUGAUCUUCUUGAUCCUUACUGGGUUUGGGCAUAUGAUGCAGACUGGGACAGUUCGGAAGAAGAAACUGUAUUCAACGGGGAGAAAUACCAAGGGCGUGUUAAGGUAGCCAUUUGGUCGGUUAACUCAUGGUUCUAUGCUGCUCGCUGGGAGGGUGUAAGUCUUCGGGAUAUGUGGCUGAAGGCACAGCAGCAUCCGGAAAAGUUAUGGAUUUGUUACACGAAGGAAUUAGAAGAGUGGGAUCAUGAGCCAUAUGUUUAAUCUCAGUCUUGUAGAUAUAGCUAGCGUUCUUAUUACCUCACUGAAGGAGGAAGACACUGAAAUACAUUGUAUGGGCAGAGUUAUAUUUAGAAUUUUUAUAUUGA